GAAAUGAUCGAAUUAUUACCAGAUAUAAAAAUUUAAAUCCACAAAUUGAUGCAAAGAUUUUGAGGAACUGUUUAGAGUAUGAACCAAAAUUUUUUACAUGGGGAGCUUCUGAUUUCUUUAAUGUAAUUGAUUCAAAUGGUAAACGACAAAUGAUUGUUGUUGAAUCCGAUUCAAGUCCAGCAGGACAAGUCACAAUGCCUUCGUUAGGUAUAAAUAAAAGACAUAAUGGAUAUAAGUUUAUAACACAAACAGCAUUUAAACAAGCUCUAAAAGGUACAGAUCCCUCUAUUGGAGAGCUUGCUAUAUUGUAUGAUGUGACUAGCGAUGAAACAGAAGCAACCGGGUUUGCAGCUGCAAUCUCUGAAGAAACUAAAGAGCAUGUUUGGAUUGUAAUGCUUUACGAUAUUGCUAAAUAUGAACUUCUUAAGUGGGAGAAUAAAGUUAUGUAUAUCAAAGAUCAAGAUGAAGGUCAUAAACCUUGGAUUUAUUUUCCUCUAAAAUCUAAGACUGUGGUCUUUAAUAAUAUAAUCUCAUGUUUAGCUGGAGGUCAAAACAAAAUUAUGGCAGCAAAAUCAUUUGAAUUAUUUAAUACUGAACUUUCCGGAAGUGGGCUUGUUAUUCGUUUUCCAAAAACCGUAUACAAUGUAAACAAGAGCGAAAUUUAUUCGUGUAUCGAAAAGAUGGGUGGUCGUGUGGUGAUUAAAUCUCCCUAUGGCAGUUGUGGGCAUGGUGUUUACACAAUCACCAAUUCAGAAGAAUUAAAAGAAUUCUUUGAUACUAAUCAUCAUUACGAAAAAUUUAUUGUACAAUCUCUUGUUGAAAGUGCUUAUGGGGACUCAUGGAAUGCCUUUGGAACAAAUGUAUCUGUUAAAUUAGACUCUAGUUGGAUAGAAGAAUAUGAAAGAGUAAUUACAGUUGACCAGAAAGAGUUUGAUACUACUGGAUUGGGUAUUGAUGAUUUAAUUGAUGCAUAUGUGCAAACUGUAUUAAGCAUUAUUGCUAUUGAUAAAAUGUGCCAGAAACUUUUUGUUAAUCAUGAGUUCAAUUUUGAAUUGUAUCGCACAUUGAACCCCGACGAUGUAUUGUUAGAUGAUGAACCUGUAAAUUUCCUAUGUAUUAUUAAAGAUAACUGA